GUUCGUGCAGCGGCCGUAACUGCCCUCGCUAAAUUCGGCGCUCAGUGUGCUGAGCUACGCCCUUCAAUUCAGGUGCUGCUGAAAAGGUGCCUCCUUGAUAGUGAUGAUGAGGUUCGUGAUCGUGCCACUUUCUACCUCGCAUUGCUGGCCGAUGCUACCGUACCGAUUAUCAACACUUUCGUGCUUGAUAGUCUCCAGGUACUCCCAUCAUCCUUGGAGCGCUGUCUAUUCGAGUACGUCCGCGGAGAUUCCUUUAACACUCCGUUCGAUCUUCGCGUAGUACCAGUCACCAGCCAGCCGCUUUCGCUGCCUGAAAAGCGCGCUCCUGUGCUGGCUGAUGUACCAGUGGAGAAACCGGCCGUGAAGAAAGAACCUUAUGCAGAGCAACUAGCUCAAAUUCCUGAGUUCGCUUCUCUCGGACCACUUUUCCAUUCUUCACCUCGUGUUGCUCUCACCGACGAUGUGACCGAGUACACUGUCCACGCUAUCAAGCACAUCUUUACCAACCAUGUUGUGGUGCAGCUUGAUUGCAAGAACACACUCAAUGAUCAGCUGCUCGAGAAUGUGACUGUGGAGCUUGAAGACGGUGAAGGAGAAUGGACUACGGAACAUGUAAUUCCGAUUGAUAACCUGCCUUAUAACGAAACUAAGUCUACUUACGUGCUGAUGGAGUUCCCAGAAUCAGGUUCGGUCACUGGAAACUUCGCUGCAACUCUGAAGUUCAAUGUGAAGGAUGUUGACCCAACAACGGGUGAAGCUGAAUCGGAUGAUACCUAUGAGGAUAGCUAUGUGCUAGAAGAACUCGAAAUUGCCGUGGGUGACCUGGUUGCACCAGUCGUGAAGCAGAAUUUCAUGGCAUCGUGGGAGGCACUCGAAGGAGCAACAACUGUCGACGAAACCUUCCAUCUAACGACGGUUAAUACAUUAGCGGAAGCGAUUAAGAAGGUGUCAGAACUUCUCGGAAUGGCCCCUUGUGAGCGUAGCGACCGCGUUCCCGAAGGCAAAACGCAACACUCCACAAUGCUAGCAGGGGUUUUCCGUGGCGGAUUCGAGGUACUGU